AUGCCAUUCAUAGACAGGACCAACGGUAUGGGGGACUACGCAGAAGACGCAAGAGAGCUGUGGCGACCCGCCAACCCUGAGGCCACCAGCAUCCACGAGUUCAAGUCCAUCGUCGCCUCGAAGCACGCUCCCGGUCUAGAGUCAUACCACGAUCUCUGGCAAUGGAGCGUCGAUGAGCCCGCCAAGUUCUGGGAGGAGGUGUGGAACUACACCGGCGUCAAGGCUCACAGGCCGUACGAGGAGGUCUGCCAACCGGAAGCCCUCCUGUUCCCGAAACGCCCGUUCUUCGAUGGAUCUCUGCUUAAUUUCGCGGAGAACCUCCUCUUCCCGUCCAGCAAUCCCCACGAGCACGCCGUCGCCGUCAUCGCUGCCACCGAAUCCACCCGCGAACACAUCUCAUGGAAGGACCUGCGAGAAAGGGUUCGGCUGUGCAUCGCCGCCAUGCGCGAUGCUGGCGUGGCCAAGGGAGAUCGGGUUGCCGGGUUCGUCGGAAAUCAUCCCAACACCUUGAUCGCCAUGCUGGCCACGACCUCCAUAGGAGCCCUCUGGAGCGGCGUCUCCACGGAUACCGGGGUCCACGCCGUCCUAGAGCGCUUGCGCCAGAUCGAGCCCAAGCUGCUCUUUGCGGACAAUGCCUCCAUAUACAACGGCAAGGUCCACGACACACAUGCAAAGGUCGCCGAGGUCGCCGCAAGUUUGCCGUGCCUGCAGCUGGUCGUCAUCUUUGACGCCGUCAGAGAUCAUGCCUUUGACGUCUCCUCCAUCGUAUCACCCAACGGUUCCACUGUCACCUAUGCCGACUUCAUAGCCUCCGCCCGGACGUCAGACGCUCCCUUACGAUUCGAAUAUCUCCCGCCCGAUCACCCCAUCUACAUCCUCUACUCCUCCGGCACGACCGGAGCACCGAAACCCAUCGUCCAUGGAGCCCUGGGCACCCUUCUUCAGCACAAGAAGGAGCAUGUGCUUCACUGCGACAUCGGCCCCGGCGACAGAUUGUUCUACUUCACCACCACAACAUGGAUGAUGUGGCACUGGCUCGUGUCCGCGCUGGCCAGCGGAUCGAGCAUUGUGCUCUAUGACGGAUCACCUUUCCGACCGCUGGACCCGGAAAACGGAAAAGGCGACAUGGCCAUGGCUCGACUGAUCGACGAGCUGCACAUCACCCACUUCGGAACCUCUGCGAAAUACCUCUCCGUGCUGGAGCAGGCCGCGCUGAACCCGCGAAAGCAUCCCCACCGACCCGUGACGUUCCGGACAUUGCGGGCAAUCUUCAGCACUGGCUCUCCGCUGGCCCCUUCGACGUUUGACUACGUCUACUCUUCCAUCCACGAGGAUAUCCUGCUGGGUUCCAUCACCGGUGGCACGGACAUCAUCUCGCUCUUUGGAGCCUGCUGCCCGAUCCUUCCUGUCCACCGAGGAGAGAUCCAGUGUCGAGGACUGGGCAUGGCCGUGUCCGUCUUUGACCACGCGGCCAAUGACAUCAGCAAGACGGAUGACGCUGGAGACCUGGUGUGCACCAAGCCGUUUCCCGCGCAACCCGUCAUGUUCUGGCCUCCGGGCGCCGUCGGCGAAGCAAAGUACCGUUCGAGCUACUUCGAGACGUAUGGAGAUCACACCUGGCACCAUGGGGAUUUCGUCAAGAUCAAUCCCGUCACGGGAGGACUGGUCAUGCUAGGCAGAAGCGACGGUGUGUUGAAGCCCGCCGGCGUGAGAUUCGGAAGCGCUGAGAUAUACAACGUGAUCCUGAAGCAUUUUGCCGACGAGAUCGAGGACUCUCUGUGCAUUGGACGGCGAAGAAAUGGAAUUGAGACCGACGAGACGGUUGUCCUGUUCGUCAAGCUGACCAGCACGUCCUCCGCGUCCUCGGGGGUCUCUACUCCGAACGGAGUCGUCAGGGAGCCGCCGACUCUGCCUGAUGGUCUGGCGGCUCGCAUCCAGGCCGUGAUCCGCAAGGAGCUGAGUCCGCGCCAUGUGCCAGCCAUCAUCGACUCCUGCCCAGAGAUUCCCGUGACAUCCAAUGGCAAGAAGAUCGAGAACGCAGUGAAGCAGAUCCUGUGUGGAUUGAACAUCAAGACGGGAGCGAGCGUUGCAAAUGCUGCCUGUCUCGAGUGGUAUCGGAAAUGGGCCGCCGAGCAUUAA